AUGAAGAUGAGCAAGCUGUACUCAAAGAACAAAGAGAAAGAAAGCGAAAAAGCGAACGAUGAUUCAACUCAAAAUAUUAAUACUCUUAAAAAAUUAUCAUCAAAGGUUAUAGUAGACACAUUAAAUAAUUUCGAUGUCAAUAAACUAUUUGAAACAAUAGAUGAACAUGUUAAAAAGUUUCCUAUUAUUAAUGAUAUAGGGAAGAAAUAUGGUGUUAAACCUUCUUAUGUUAUUGUCCCCAUUUCUGGCUUUUUACUCCUUUCAUUAAUUUUCGGAUGGGGGGCUGCAUUAAUAUGUAACGUAGUGGGUUUUGCCUACCCAGCAUACCAGUCAUUCAAGGCCGUAGAAUCACAGAGCAAAGAUGAAACAAAACUAUGGUUAACCUACUGGGUUGUCUUUUCAUUAUUCUUCUUUAUUGAAUAUCUAAUUGACAUUAUUUUAUUUUGGGUUCCUUUCUAUUAUUUAAUAAAAUUGCUUUUUCUUUUAUAUUUGUACAUGCCUCAAGUACGAGGAGCAGAAAUAGUAUACAAUUAUAUUAUACGACCGAUUUUGUUAAAACAUGAAAAAACUAUAGAUGAUACUGUUCAUAAAAUUAGCCAGACAGCUACUAAUCACUUAACACAAAUUACUGGUAACUUGACCGAAAAAUUAACUCAAGAAGGAGUCAGAAGGAGAAAUGUUUAG